AUGCACAAGAUUUCCAACUUUACGGGCCAAGCCCGUCAUGGUUGGGAACGAAUGACACCGGCCUUUGGCAUGUCGCGCCCUCACGCCGAGAUGGCCUCGCACUCCCUUCGACGAGCUCACGGCGCACCACCUAUGACUCCGCCCACCGGAAUCGACCCUACCGUCAACCUCUCCUUCAAUGUGCCGUUUUCCUCUACCCUUGCCGGCCCCGACACGGAUGACGUGAUCCACGCCAGUCCCAACGCUCUUCAGCGGUGGUCGUUCCCCGACGGCACCCCCGAAGGGACGCCCAUUCACCAGCUGCCGGUACAUCUCAGCAACAUCGAGAGCUUACGGACACUGUGUGCCCAAAUCACGGAGGGCAGUAAUGGCAGGGUUGAGGCUCUCAUCAGCUCAUCGGAACCCAAAACCGUUCCAUCCCUGCAGCGCCGGCCCCAAGGGCUCGCUACAAAUGUGUGCAUCACUGGAGAUGGAGAGACUGUGCGAAAAAUGCGGGCCAAAAUCUUGAAUGAGACGCCUAUCUUACUGCGAUGUGCGACCGUCGACGUUGAUAUGCACCUUAUCUGGGACAAUGCGACCAAGAAGGUCCGAAGUGCUGUUUUGGAGCACCUGGACACUCUAGCAAGCUACACCGGCACCGACAUCUUCCUGCUCAGCCCCAAACUCCGCGAUACGGAUAGUGCCGUCGUGUCAUCGUAUGGAUACGCCACCGACAGUGGAUUGGAACAACGCUUUCGGGUUUGCAUCUAUGGAGACAUGGAGAGUACGGAACAUGCCAAAACGAGGGUUUUGAUCAUGAUUGACCAAAUUCUCAAACGUCACGUGGACGCAUUGAAACUGGAACUCACCACUCAUACCUUGGUCUGCGGCCGGACUCGCAAGAAUAUCAAGCUUAUUGAAGCAGCCACCGGCACAGCCAUUUAUUUUCCUCCGCCGUUCCCUCGCAUAUUCGGUUACGUACCUCCCAAAGCCCACCGUCGAAGCGAGGAUGAAGUCUACAUCACGGGUGAUACCCAGGAGCAGAUUGCUCGAGCUAAGCAGAAGCUGCAUGAGCUGGUUAUGGGAGUGAAGGUUUAUGUCAAGGAUGUCUCUGUCAACUCGAACAAGAUCGAUAAUAUUCUGCUUGACCGGUUGGACAAGGUUCGGAAGGUGAUGGAGAUGAACGGGUCCUAUGUGCUUUUCCCUCCGCUCGGCAGUCAACGGGGAUGCGUGCGCAUCCAGGGAACCGAUGUUCUGCACGUUGAGCGCACCGUCAGGGAAAUCAUGGCUCUGGCCGGUCAAUUUUACAGCGCUUCGUGGUGGAUACUUGUUCCCGACCCAACGCCUGGAGCAGCCCGGACUCCUUCUCCUGCCGAGGUGCGAACAAUGCUCUCCGAUAUUUGCACCAACUCCGGCGCCGAAGUCAGCUUUGACAAUCUGAAUUUCACCAUCAACGGAUCGGACGACGCAGUCAAAGCGGCCAUGAUGGUUAUCAAUCAGAUUCCUUUCGUCCAGCGUAGUCAAUACCAAAUGCGAGUCAAGAUCGAAUUGGCGAACGAGCACAAGGAGUUUGUCAGCGGCAAGAAGAAUGGCAAGAUAAACAAAAUCAUGGGACAAAGCAAUGUUCAGAUAAUUUUCGAUGGCUUCAAUGAGUACAAUUUCUACAUCGAUGUGUGUGGAAACCAGUACGACUCGACGAAGAACGGUCUUGAUCUUGUUGAACAAGAAAUGCCGGCGUCAAUCUCCUUCCACGUGCCCGAUCAGUACCACAAGCGGAUUAUUGGUAUUGGUGGCCAGCAUAUUCAGCGUAUCAUGAAAAAGUACUCUGUGUUCGUCAAAUUCUCUAACGCCAUGGACCGCGGCGGUAUGGGUAAAGACGACGACGAUAUCAAGGUUGACAACGUCAUCUGCCGUACGCCUGCACGGAACGCGCAGAGUCUGGAUCUGGUCAAGCAGGAAAUUAUGGACAUGGUCGAGAAAGUGGACGCCGAGUACGUCUCUGAACGCGUUGUGGUCAACCGACUGUACCAUCGCGAGUUGCUUGCCCGCAUGUCGGAAAUUGAUGAGCUUGAAAAGAAAUGGAACUGCAAGAUUGAGUUCCCAAGCACAGAAUUGGCAAGCGAUGUUGUUACCAUUUCUGGACCUGAAUAUCAGGUUCCGCAGGCCGUUGAUGCCUUGCUGGGAAUGGUACCUGAAAGCCACGAGCUCCUUUUCCAGAGUUCCCCUGAACUGCGAGAGUUUUUCAAAGAUGCAAACUUCCGCGAGGACGUAUGCAUUAAACUCAAGGAACAGUACGAGGUGGAUACCAGUGUGGAUAUCAGCCCUGAGCCCCCUGUGUCCGAGAGCGGCUCGGAGUCCCCUACCAUCCCUGCCGAGGACCGUGUCGUACUUGGCUACACUCGCAACAAUGCUGGUGGGUUGAAAGAUGCAAUCGACUACUUGAUUUCCCGACUAGUUGCCCACGGCCUCGACGCCACCACGGUCAAAGGAGCCAUUCCGCGACCCAAGUCGGACUCUUUCGAGGAGUCUUUGCCAUUCUUCGACUCGAAGCUGUUGCAGCAUGCGCCCACACCACUCGCGACAGACUCGCCCACUCGGCCCAGCUUCAACGACGAAUCAAGCGAACGUGGAUCAAUCUUCGAGCGACUCCGCAAGCCCGGUAGCAUUUCCUCGUUCUCCUCGUUCAUUGGCCGCAAGAAUCACUCGGCCUCUCCUGCUUCAUUCUUCAAGCACGCCUCUAGCAAUGCCUCCAAGGCAUCGCUGGUCUCGAUGGAGUCCCGAGACAGCGGGUACCGCAACCCCUGGAACGACUCUGGCGUGAACCUCCCCGAGGACGACCUGCCCGCCCUUGGAAGCUCCCACAGCCACAGCAGCAGCAAUGGCUGGCCCGCGCGCUUUGACACGAAAUUUCCAUUCGGUACCGCGCCGGGGGACAUGACCCCCAAGCAUGACCUCCGGGCGUCUUUUGAUAGUGGUCGUCCUAGCACUUCCAAUUCUACUUCUGGAUACCCGGCCCCUAUUGGGCCACCGCGUUAA